GACAACACAUAGCCCACCCAUUAAUUAGUGGUACUGCGCAUGCAAAUGUGCCAAGGGUGUGUACUGGUUGGACUGCUAUGUUGCACAGGAUGUACAGCCACUGAUAGAGUCCAUGGAUCUGGAGCAUUCCUUCAUGCAUGUCCUGGAUGAGUUGUCAGGUCAUCUGGAGCAGUUUGGGAAAGUGAGACAGGGAGGAGAGGAGGGACAGGACGAUGCUGAACUGCUGGACAAUGAUUUCUUAGCCUAUCCUCCUGCCAAUAUACCACAAACAGAAGAAUGGGAAUGGCAAGAGUGGAAUAAGCCUGAAAUAGUGAGGUUCACAACUGACCCAGACCGUAUGCUGGCAGACAAUGUUUUAUCUCAAGACCAGUGUGACAAACUACUGGAGUUGGCCAAGUGGUGGAGAGGAGAGAUCUGAGUCAUCCGGUCCACUCUGAUAACUGCAUCCUGAACGAGGCCACUGGAGAAUGUGACAAAGUCCCUCCUGCCUACACCUGGAGAGACUACAGUGCCAUUCUGUACCUCAAUGAUGAGUUUGAAGGAGGAGACUUCUUCUAUGCACACUCUACAAAAGACCUCUCACCUGAGGAGACGGUGAGUCCAAAGUGUGGUCGUCUGGUGGCCUUCUCAGCAGGGAAGAAGAACAUGCACGGAGUACUGGCUGUCACCAAAGGCAGGAGGUGUGCCGUGGCUCUCUGGUUCACCCUUGACCCCAACCACAAGGAGGCUACCUUCUCCAUGGCUGAGGAGAUUCUCCACGAGAUUAAGACUGUUUCAUGAUAGGGAUUUUGUCUACCACUGAUUCAAAUUGUGUUGUUCUUUUCUCUUUUGUACCAUAUUAUACAGCUGCAAGUGUGGACAUUGUAAUUCACUUGUGCCUCACUAGAUAAUAUGACAAACAAUCACAUUAUAACCAUCCCUAUUGUGGCGUAAGUAUUGAUCGUGUUAUGGAUGUAGAUUAGGGAGUAAAAGGUGUGAUAUUCUUUCUAACUUAAGCUUCCCAGUGAAGCCCGUAUAAAUGUCCUUGUCUGACCCUCAAAAGCAUAAGCUGUGGAGGGAAGGACCAAGGCUACAGUUAUUUUCGUCAGGAUGUUAGAGCAAGAGUGGUGGCUAUAUAGUAGUUGAACCUUCAGAACUACUAUCAGAAUAUUCCAUUUAAUAUCUUCUCAUCUAAGGGCCAUUUCUUACUUUUAUGGCUACCCUCUCCGAUGGAACAGCCAUGACAUUGACUGUGGUUUAAACUGCUGCUGUUAGGUUUGGUAGAGGUAUCAGCUAUCAACCCCCUCCCUACCCCUUAUUUUUCAUACACCCAUCUGUCUUUAUUGCUCUUU